AUGUCAGAAUAUCGUGUAUGUUAUGUUUGUGGCGGCACGGCACCUAAACUUGGCGAGAAUUAUGUGAUCAAAGGAAGCGGUAUCUACACGUGUGAAAAGGACAGGCAAUGGUUUUAUAAAAAUGCUAAUUUAAGGAAAUCACAAAACAUCGCCAGUCAUACCGGUACUACAAAUGGCUAUCAUUUGCCAGAAUUUCAACCAAUACAAUUAGCAAAUUGCAGUGUUGGCAAUGACCAGGGUCAGCAAUCAGCCAUAACUAUGCUAACUAUUAAUGGAGACCCGGCUCAUUCAUACAUCCAGCCCAAUAAUCCAAUUACAAAUAAUGGCUAUAAUUUUGCCGUAAAUUCAAACUUAACACCGACUGUGGGUCCAAACAACCAGAUACUACAACCAGUUGCCGGUCCCACGACUACAAUUCCUUCAAAUAUCACUAUUUUGGGCUCAUAUCCAGAAAGUGUUAAUACGCAAAAUGAUUUAUUAGCGGAAAUGAUGGCAGAUAUUGAUAUGAUAUUUAUCGACGAGAUAGUAGACAAUGGGACAGAGAAUUUGAAUCGCAAUCAAGACUUCACUCAACAAUCACCGCAAACAUCAGUUCAUAAUACUAUGGCAGUUGAGUCCUAUCAGACAGCACCAGUAGCUCAGUCGGCAACCUCUGGAUCCACUCAAACCAUUGCACACAAUAAUACAAUUGCGAGACAAACAGACACUUCAGAUGAUCACACCAUCGAUGAUAUGAUAUACUCAUUAGUUAAUAAAAUUAACCUGGGUUUGAUUACCACUAAUGACGAGCCAUUAUUAGGCAAAAUGAAAGAAAUUCAAGUGAAUGAGAAUCACAACAAAAUAAUAGUCGAGGAGAUUAGGCGCGAGUUAAAGAAACCAGGUAGACUUAUACAGUUCCUGGAUAAGACUGGACUGCACCGGGAGGCUAUUGGUAUGGCUGAGAUGUUCCGCAUGGAGGAGCCCUGGCCAUACACUAAUGGCAUGGAUUUAAAGGUUAUAAACGCGUCAAUACUGCGAUCCGGGAGUUCCCGAUACUUCCCUAUGAACUCCAAUCCCAGGGGUCGGGCUAUUGUUUUUGUGACCGUCGAUGGCCUGGACGUCGAGAUAAUGAGAUGGAAAUCCAUUUUCGGACAGUUAGGCUUCCAAUACGAGGUGUAUCGAGAGGCCCCGUGCUCUCAGAUAAGGGAUGUGCUAUUGGGGGUGUCGUGUCAGCGGUUCGUCGCCGACGCCCUGUUUGUGAUGGUUAUCGGCCGGGGAUUUGAUCAGAAGAUCUACGGUUACGGCAAACGCGACGUCGAUAAUGAGAUGUCGUUCACAGAAAUUGUGGACAUAUUCUCUUCUAAUAAUCUUAAGAGUGAUACUCUGAACCGACUGGCGGAUGAGCAUGUAAUAAAUGUCAUCCACGGGAAGGGUGAGAAUUAUGUGCCGAAAGGCAGUGGUGUCUACACGUGUGAAAAGGACAGGCAAUGGUUUUAUAAAAAUGCUAAUUUAAGGAAAGUUUGUCCAAAAGGGGAAAUGGAUGUAAACGCUCCGGAAAAUUGUGACAUAAGUGUGUGCCCGGCCUGUAAGCUACACAAUGUUAGCAAUGACCAGGGUCAGCAAUCAGCCAUAACUAUGCUAACUAUUAAUGGAGACCCGACUCAUGCAUACAUUCAGCCCAAUAAUCCGAUUGCAAAUAAUGGCUACAAUUUUACCGUAAAUUCAAACUUAACACCGACUGUGGGUCCAAACAACCAGAUACUACAACCAGUUGCCGGUCCCUCGACUACAGUUCCUUCAUAUUCCACUAUUUUGGGCUCAUAUCCAGAAACUGUUAAUACAGAAAAUGAUAUAUCAGCGGAACUGUUAGAUAUGACGGACAUUGAGAUGAUAUCUACUGACGAGAUGGGAGACAAAGGGAUAGAGAAUCUGAAUCCCAAUCAAGACUUAACUCAACAAUCACAGCAAACAUCAGUUCAUAAUACUAUGGCAGUUGAUCAGUCGGCAACCUCUGGAUCCACUCAAACCAUUGCACACAAUAAUACAAUUGCGAGACAAACAGACACUUCCAUUGAUGACACCAUCGAUGAUAUGAUAUUUACAUUUGCAAACAAUAUUAACCUCGGAUUGGUUUCCACUAAUGGCGAUAAAUUAUUAGGCAAAAUGAAACAAAUUCAAGAAAACGAAAACCACAACAAAAUAUUGGUUAAGGAGAUUAGGUGCGAGUUAAAGGAGCAAGGUAGAUUGACACAGUUCCUGAAUGACACUGGACUGCACCAGGAAGCUAUUGCUAUGGCUGAGAUGUUCCGCAUGGAGGAGCCCUGGCCAUAUGGCAAGGAUUUAAAGGUUAUAAACGCGAAAAUACUGCGAUCCGGAAAUUCCCGAUACUUUUCAAUGGACUCCAGUCCCAGGGGUCGGGCCAUUGUGUUUGUGACAGUCGAUGGUCUGAAGGGAGAGGUGGACCGAUGGGAGUCCAUCUUUAAACAGUUAGACUUUCGGUGCGACGUGUAUGAGAAGGCCACGUGCUCUCAAAUAAAUGAUGUGCUGUUGGGGGUGUCGUGUCAGCGGUUUGAUGCCGACGCCCUCCUCUUCCUGAAUGACACUGGACUGCACCAGGAAGCUAUUGCUAUGGCUGAGAUGUUCCGCAUGGAGGAGCCCUGGCCAUAUGGCGUGGAUUUAAAGGUUAUAAACGCGAAAAUACUGCGAUCUGGAAAUUCCCGAUAUUUUUCAAUGGACUCCAGUCCCAGGGGUCGGGCCAUAGUGUUUGUGACAGUUGAUGGUCUGAAGGGAGAGGUGGACCGAUGGAUGUCCAUCUUUAAACAGUUAGACUUCCGGUGCGACGUGUAUGAGAAGGCCACGUGCUCUCAAAUAAAUGAUGUGCUGUUGGGGGUGUCGUGUCAGCGGUUUGAUGCCGACGCCCUCCUCGAGAACCUCAACAAAUUGAAAACAUAUCACUAA